CAGGUCCUAUGUCACCAUGCAGCACUAUGGAGUGAAUGGCUAUUCUCUCCAUGCCAUGAAUUCGUUGAGCGCGAUGUAUAACCUGCACCAACAAGCAGCACAGCAAGCCCAGCACGCACCUGAUUACAGACCCUCAGUGCAUGCCCUCACGCUGGCAGAGAGACUGGCCGGCUGUACGUUUCAAGACAUCAUCUUGGAGGCCCGUUAUGGCUCCCAGCACCGCAAACAGAGAAGAAGCCGUACAGCUUUCACAGCCCAACAACUGGAAGCCUUGGAGAAAACUUUCCAGAAGACUCACUACCCAGAUGUGGUGAUGCGGGAGAGAUUGGCAAUGUGCACUAAUCUGCCAGAGGCUAGAGUACAGGUUUGGUUUAAAAACAGAAGAGCUAAAUUUCGAAAGAAGCAGCGCAGUCUGCAGAAAGAGCAGCUACAGAAGCAGAAAGACUCAGAAGCCAAUCACAGUGAAGGCAAAGCAGACACUCCUGUGUUAGAAACACCGACUCCAAUUCCCGAUGCAGACAAGUCUCUGAGUUUGCCAAGGGAGGUGAAUGCAGAGCUCAGCCUGACUCUCUCUGAGCAUUCAGCCAGUGAGUCAGCAGCCGAGGACCAGACAGACAAAGAGGAGGAAUUCAAGAUCUCGCUGGAGGAGAAUAAGGAAGAGAAAAGCCCUGGAGGGGAAAACAAAGUGCUGAACAGCAAGAGGACAAGUCCAAAAGCAGAUUCCCCUAUCAGCACUGCUGCCACCCCAUCCUCCAGCAGCAGCAUGUCCCAAGCGCAUUCCUAUUCGUCUUCUCCUCUCAGCCUCUUCCGCCUUCAAGAGCAGUUCCGCCAACACAUGGCAGCUACCAAUAACUUGGUCCAUUAUUCGUCCUUUGAAAUGGGAAGCCCUUCUACCAUGCCAUAUUUGGGCAUGAAUGUCAACAUGGCACCCCUAAGCUCACUGCAUUGCCAGUCUUACUACCAGUCCCUCUCUCACGCCCAGCAGGUGUGGUCCUCUCCAAUUCUCCAGGCAUCUUCCACUCUUCCCAGCCUGAACAGUAAAACAACCAGUAUUGAGAAUCUCCGGCUGCGAGCGAAGCAACAUGCUGCCUCUCUGGGACUGGAUACUUUACCAAACUGAGGCCAAGCCAAACUCCAGCAAAAGCC